AUGGGGAUUGUGCGGCCAGAGGAGAGCCAGAGGAUGGAGAUCGAGGAAUUUUGCCGGAUGCUGCUAUCCUGCGCUGGUGUUCGCCGGAGGAAAGACGAAGAUGCUUACAGAGACCGACGUGUGAGCACCGGAGACGAUGCACAAGAGAAGCUGGUAUGCGUCACCAGCGGCGUAUCUUUCCUCGGUCUCGCUAUCGUGAACCAGCUCUUAGUCCGUGGCUAUUCCGUCCGGAUCACCGUCGAUAACCAAGAAGAUGUGGAGAAGCUAAGAGAGAUGGAAAUGUCAGGGGAGAUGAGGGGAAUUAGCAAUAUUAUUGAAGCUGUUGUUGCCAACUUGUCAGAAGCUGAAAGCUUGUCGGAAGCAUUUCAUGGUUGUUGUGGCGUGUUCCAUACCGCUGCUUUCAUCGACCCUGCUGGGCUGUCUGGCUACAAUAAAUAUAUGGCUGAGAUAGAGGUGACGGCAAGUGAGAAUGUAACAAAGGCUUGCGCCAUAACACCAUCUGUUAGAAAUUGUGUUUUCACUUCAUCACUUUUGGCCUGUGUGUGGCGAGACAACUCUUCCGACGAUAUCUCCCCUGUAAUCGACCAUGAUUGCUGGAGCAAUGAAUCGUUUUGUGCGGACAGGAAGCUCUGGUAUGCCUUGGGUAAGCUAAAGGCAGAAAAAGCUGCAUGGAGAGUAGCAGAGGAGAGAGGGUUGAAACUGGCCACUAUCUGCCCUGGCCUUAUUAUUGGUCCUGAAUUCUGUCAAAGAAAUCCAACCUCAACUAUUGCUUAUCUCAAAGGAGCACAAGAGAUGUAUAGACAUGGGUUGUUGGCGACUGUUGAUGUUACCAGAUUAGCCGAGGCAGAGGUAUCCGUGUUUGAGGCGAUGAACAAGACAGCGUUUGGGAGGUACAUAUGCUUUAAUCAAGUAAUUGGGAAUGAGGAUGAGGUGGAAAAGUUGGCAGAGAUGGCAGGGAUACAAAUUAAUAUGGUAUCAGAAAAUACAGCCAGCAAUUCUGCAACUCGAUUCAAAUUGUCCAACACAAAGCUAUCGACGCUAAUGACAAGAACUCUGAGAUGUAAUAAUGUAUGUUAG